GUCGGUACCGACGAGGGCCACAAGUUGUUAUGCGCUGCUGAAGGAAGAGGAGAAAGUACAGACCAGGAAGUGUUGCGACUGUGCAUUGUCGGUCAUUCAAAUAUUUUAAGUCUAAAGAAUAACGUGCAAUCUUUUAUCGAGGACUAAAUUAAAACCACCAGAAACGGAAUCAUGGGGGUGGUUGAUCCGAAUAGUACGGAACAGAUAGAUGUGGAAGCUGCCCAGGAGGUGGAUCGAGUUAAAGCUUUACAGUCUCAAGUGGAUGGGGUAAAGGAUAUUAUGACCCAGAAUGUGGAUCGGAUCCUGGCUCGUGGAGAAAGGCUUGAUGAUCUGAUGGGGAAAUCUGAGGACCUGCAGGCUGGGGCCCAAAACUUCAAACACACCUCACAGAAGGUUGCUCGUGCUUACUGGUGGAAGAAUGUGAAAUUGAUUGUGCUUAUUGUUGUGAUAGUCCUCAUCAUUGUUCUGGUUAUCAUAUUCCUUGCUACUGGUGUGAUUCCAACCAGUUCAUCAACCAAACCCACUCAAAAACCACCAUUUUAAGGUUACACAGACACACACACCGAAACAUUCAUGACAUCAUAAAUUUACACAUACACCCAAACAAACACUUAAAUUUGCACAUUUUGCUCAUAUACCGUCAAAUUCAAUAGUAUCUCACCACCUUAUAAUAAAGUAACAGAGCUUCCAUAAUGACAGCUUUAAAACCUUGAAUUGGAGGAUAUUAUACAAUCAUCCUAAAAUCCACUUGAGCUGCUUUUAUGGUUCUCUAAAACCUGUAAGAUAAUGUCACUACCAAAAAUAAUAUGAAAUAUUAUUAAUAUAAUGAAAUAAUCAUAUACACUGGCAUUGAAUGAAGGUAAUGGGCAAAGUUCUGUCUAUUGAAUUCUGAAGUUAGAUUAAAUUAAAUGUUACUAGUAAUUAUACAAUACUUUUAGACCUCCAAAAGUUUGUAUUUUGUAUAUGCCGGUCACUGUCUUUGCACCUUUGUUAUUUUUCACAAUUAUAUGUUGUUUGUAAAAGGUCAACCAAGUAUGUUUUAUUAAAACUGUUAAGAGAUAGGAUUUCAUUGUCUUAAGGAAAUUUUAUUUAAUUAAAGGCACAAUAUGUAAACUUCGCCGCUAGAAGAUGGAAAAGAGUAACACAGGCGUGGCUUGAACAUGACGUUUUAUAGUCGUUAUGUUAUAAUGUGGUUUCACGUUUUUUUAUUGAGACUCACUGUUUUGCCAUGUAUGUUCGACUGAAUGCAGAGUUGCACAGAACAAUUGGUGAAUUUCACAAAUCAUUGCGAGAGCGAUGCCACAGUACUGCUUUUAAAAUCCUCUUGCGAUACUUAAAUGUGAUAUUACAUUCGGUUUAUACAUUGCACAUGAAUUUGAACACACCUAUGGUCUCAAUGGCAGUAAAAAUUUAUACACAAUACGCAAUGAGAAGGGACAUUACGCUGGUUAAAAUUGGAAAUUUCUUUGGAUUCAAACAUUGUUGGGGUAAUGCAAGUACUCGAGUGAACAAAACUGGAUCUGCAAAAAUCUUAAAUAUUGUGCCUUUAAGCAAAUUUUUUGGAGUUAAUUUCAUUCUCAAAUUAUAACUGAAUGUUGAUAGUGGCCCAAGCUCCAAAACAAAGAUGCAGUUUCUCCUCCAACAGAAUGAAUGAAAGAGCCCGUGAACAAGGUCAUCUAGUCUUUUUCUGUCUAUUUAAUGGUUAUUGUUCUCUAGCUGAAUGUGCUUUUUGCCUUUCCUCGUCAUAUCUCUACACUGAAUAUUACAUGCACAGAUACAGUAAAAUGUGCAGUGAAUACUGUAAUCAUAUUUUGAAUGUACCGCUUUAAACAUUUGGCCCAAGUUUGGCCCUGCUCUGUGGAAGCAUUUUGAAAACCUAGACACAACUUGUCUUUCUGCAAAGAACAAGUCAAGGAGGAAUAUUUCACUGUACUGUAAUGUCCAGUUGCCCACAUAUCACUUGUAGUUUCACAAACAUUCCUGGUCUUAUAAACUGAUCAUAUUUAAAUCUGCUGGGUAGCUGUACGCACUUUGAUUUGAGGUCAAAAUGUUUUAGUCUGUAUAUUAUAAGAAUGAAUUGUUUGUUUGAAUGUUUGUAACCUGAAUCUCAUGAUGUAUUUCCUUUAGCUUUCAUAUAUGUAUUUUUAUUUUAAAGUAUUAGUCUCCUUACUAUAAUUGUUAUACACAAGUCAUUUAAUAUUUUUCUUUAAAUAAUUCUACUCAAAGUAAUUGUUUUAAUCACCUCUGUGAACUUGGUACUCCAUAUAAUGAAACGAUCACCAAAACUUUA